GAAGAACCAACAGAUCAGAGUGUAACUCAACACCGUCAGAGCCUCGGGAAAGACACGCUGGCAGCUACACAAGAAAGAUAUAUUCUGUUCAACCAGUGGAGUGAACCAUCAUCUGUGCCACAUCCAGUCAGAUCACAGGUUGCAUGCACAUACAUACAAAAAGUAGACUUUAAGUUUUUGACCUCAUGUCAGAGCUUCUUAAGUGCUGCAUCUGUCUGGAUAAGUUCACCAACCCCACUUCCCUCCCUUGUGGACACAGCUUCUGCCUUGCCUGUAUAGGAGAAUACUGGAGGAUCAAUGGGGCCUGCCAGUGCCCCCUCUGCAAGGCCUUCUUCCCCACCAGGCCACAACUCAAAACAAACCAACACACUGAUGCCCCAACUGAGGCAGAAACUGUGGCUUUAAGAGCCAGAGAGGUUCCCUGUGAUAUCUGCCCACAAAAGCAUCGAGCAGUCAAGUCCUGCCUGGUGUGCCUGGCCUCGUAUUGUGAUACUCAUCUAGAGCCACAUUACAAGAACGAAGACCUUGGGCGCCAUCUUCUGAUCAGCGUGGUGAAGAACCUGGAGGACUCUGUGUGCAGACUGCAUGGAAAGCAAUUAGACAGGUUCUGCAGGAGCGAUCGAACAUGCAUUUGUGCCAAGUGUGCACAGACAGAACACAGGGGCCAUCACAUUAUUUCUGUCAACAAGGAAGCUGCAAAGAAGAAGGUAAAACUAAAAAGGAUUAGAGUGAAAAUUCAGCAAGCAGUUCAGGAGAGACUGAGUAAAGUUGAGAAAUUCAAGCGCCCUGUAAACAUAAGUGGACAAAAUCAGAAAGAAGCAUGGGCACAAAACAAAGAGCUCAUCAAACAGCUAGAAGAGGAAAUCUCUGAGCUACAGAGGAGAAACACCGAUCUGGAGCAGCUCUCACAGAAUGAAGACAACCUCAACUUCCUACAGGUCACAAAGAUAUCUGUUCAUUCCAAACACAUUUUCUACCAUCUACUGGACGGCAAGAUGGCGUUAGUCUCAAGCCCUGGAAGAAAAAACAGCCAUGUCUUCAAUAUGACCUCUCCUAGAGCAUUACCCAGUGACCCCAUUGAGAAGAAUCUGACAUGCUCAAUCUGCAUGGAUGUUUUUGUGGAUCCUGUCACUACAGAUUGUGGCCAUUCCUUCUGUAAUAAAUGUCUGAAUAUCCACUUUAGUUACAAUGAUAAGAUGUGCCCUCUAUGCAAGAAGUACCUGAACAAAGCUCCAGGUGUGAACAUCGUCCUGAGAAACAUUGUCCAACAGUUUAAAAAGACCCCAGAGAAAAAUGAUGAUGAGUUCACUGGGGCACCUCGUGAGGUCGCCUGCGACAUUUGCACGGAACCAAAGCUAAAGGCCAAGAAAUCCUGCCUUGUGUGUCUUGCCUCGUACUGUUCGACUCACCUGAAAAAUCAUUUAUCAAGUGAAAGGCUGAAGGGUCACAAGUUGGUUGAACCUGUGGACGACCUCGAUGAGAGGGCCUGUCUGACUCAUGGCCGCCCCCUGGAGCUGUACAGCAAAAGGCAGCAGAAAUGCAUUUGUGUACGCUGUAUGAAGGAAGGUCAGGAGGAGGUUGUCUCCACUGAAGAUGAAUGGGACAGGAAGAAGACUAUACUCGCAAGCACUAAGACAGCAUUACAACAGAAAAUUAAGAAGAGAAUGACGAAGAUCGAGGAGAUUGAUAUGUCUCGACAGAGCUGCAAGGGACACCUGGAGGAUGAGUGGUGGGAAAUUGACAGUGUGUUCACAGCUGUGCUUGCCAUGGUGGAGGAAGCCCAUGCAACAGCUCUUCAGCCACUGAAGGAAAGGAUGCUGGUUUUGGAGCAAGAGGCAAAAGAACUCACAAACGAGUUGGAAACAGAGGUCAACAGACUCGAGAGGGCGAUCUCUGAGCUUGAUGAUAUAUCUGUGCUCGAGGAUCACAUCCUUUUUCUGCAGAGAUACCCAUCUCUACAAGAUAUGGACGACAUCAAAGACUGGACCAAUGUAGAGCUUGACACAACACUGUCUUUUGGCACCAUGAGAAAAACCACAAUAACCAUGAUGGAAAAAAUUCAAGAGAAACUGGAGAAGCUGUCCUCAAUUGAACUUAUGAGACUUCCAAAGUUUACAGUGGACGUAAAGCUUGACCCAGCCACCGCUCACAAGCGUCUUGUUGUUUCUGAUGAUGGGAAGGAAGUGAAAGACGCUGGCGAGGACCAAAUAGUAGAUGAUGCUCCAGAGAGGUUUGAUCGGUUUGGCAGUGUCCUGGGUCUCAACAGGUUGGCCUCUGGGAAGUCCUACUGGGAGGUGGAGGUCAUCAACAAGACCGGUUGGGAUGUUGGCGUAGCAAGAGGUGACGCAAACCGUAGGGGGAAACUCUCAAUCAAUCCAGAUAAUGGUUACUGGGUUGCCGUACAUUAUGAAGGGGGAAAGUACGCAGCCCUGACAGAUCCACCACUUCGUCUCACCCUGGAUGAGAAGCCUCAGAAGGUGGGGGUGUUUGUGGACUCCGAGGAAGGUCUUGUGUCCUUCUAUGAUGUUACGGCUCAAUCUCACAUCUACUCCUUUGCCGAGUGUUCAUUCACUGAUGAGCUCUUCCCAUAUUUCAGUCCACAUAAGAUAUCUGUUCAUUCCAAACACAUUUUCUACCAUCUACUGGACGGCAAGAUGGCGUUAGUCUCAAGCCCUGGAAGAAAAAACAGCCAUGUCUUCAAUAUGACCUCUCCUAGAGCAUCACCCAGUGACCCCAUUGAGAAAAAUCUGACAUGCUCAAUCUGCAUGGAUGUUUUUGUGGAUCCUGUCACUACAGAUUGUGGCCAUUCCUUCUGUAAUAAAUGUCUGAAUAUCCACUUUAGUUACAAUGAUAGGAUGUGCCCUCUAUGCAAGAAGUACCUGAACAAAGCUCCAGGUGUGAACAUCGUCCUGAGAAACAUUGUCCAACAGUUUAAAAAGACCCCAGAGAAAAAUUAUGAUGAGUUCACUGGGGCACCUCGUGAGGUCGCCUGCGACAUUUGCACGGAACCAAAGCUAAAGGCCAAGAAGUCCUGCCUUGUGUGUCUUGCCUCAUACUGUUCGACUCACCUGAAAAAUCAUUUAUCAAGUGAAAGGCUGAAGGGUCACAAGUUGGUUGAACCUGUGGACGACCUCGAUGAGAGGGCCUGUCUGACUCAUGGCCGCCCCCUGGAGCUGUACAGCAAAAGGCAGCAGAAAUGCAUUUGUGUACGCUGUAUGAAGGAAGGUCAGGAGGAGGUUGUCUCCACUGAAGAUGAAUGGGACAGGAAGAAGACUAUGCUCGCAAGCACUAAGACAGCAUUACAAGAGAAAAUUAAGAAGAGAAUGACGAAGAUCGAGGAGAUUGAUAUGUCUCGACAGAGCUGCAAGGGACACCUGGAGGAUGAGUGGUGGGAAAUUGACAGUGUGUUCACAGCUGUGCUUGCCAUGGUGGAGGAAGCCCAUGCAACAGCUCUUCAGCCACUGAAGGAAAGGAGGCUGGUUUUGGAGCAAGAGGCAAAAGAACUCACAAACGAGUUGGAAACAGAGGUCAACAGACUCGAGAGGGCGAUCUCUGAGCUUGAUGAUAUAUCUGUGCUCGAGGAUCACAUCCUUUUUCUGCAGAGAUACCCAUCUCUACAAGAUAUGGACGACAUCAAAGACUGGACCAAUGUAGAGCUUGACACAACACUGUCUUUUGGCACCAUGAGAAAAACCACAAUAACCAUGAUGGAAAAAAUUCAAGAGAAACUGGAGAAGCUGUCCUCAAUUGAACUUAUGAGACUUCCAAAGUUUACAGUGGACGUAAAGCUUGACCCAGCCACCGCUCACAAGCGUCUUGUUGUUUCUGAUGAUGGGAAGGAAGUGAAAGACGCUGGCGAGGACCAAAUAGUAGAUGAUGCUCCAGAGAGGUUUGAUCGGUUUGGCAGUGUCCUGGGUCUCAACAGGUUGGCCUCUGGGAAGUCCUACUGGGAGGUGGAGGUCAUCAACAAGACCGGUUGGGAUGUUGGCGUAGCAAGAGGUGACGCAAACCGUAGGGGGAAACUCUCAAUCAAUCCAGAUAAUGGUUACUGGGUUGCCGUACAUUAUGAAGGGGGAAAGUACGCAGCCCUGACAGAUCCACCACUUCGUCUCACCCUGGAUGAGAAGCCUCAGAAGGUGGGGGUGUUUGUGGACUCCGAGGAAGGUCUUGUGUCCUUCUAUGAUGUUACGGCUCAAUCUCACAUCUACUCCUUUGCCGAGUGUUCAUUCACUGAUGAGCUCUUCCCAUAUUUCAGUCCACAUGUAAAACAAAAUGAUGUGAACUCUGAUCCUCUGAUUAAGAUCUCUGUUCAUUCCAAACACAUUUUCUACCAUCUACUGGACGGCAAAAUGGCGUUAGUCUCAAGCCCUGGAAGAAAAAACAGCCAUGUCUUCAAUAUGGCCUCUCCUAGAGCAUCACCCAGUGACCCCAUUGAGAAGAAUCUGACAUGCUCAAUCUGCAUGGAUGUUUUUGUGGAUCCUGUCACGACAGAUUGUGGCCAUUCCUUCUGUAAUAAAUGUCUGAAUAUCCACUUUAGUUACAAUGAUAGGAUGUGCCCUCUAUGCAAGAAGUACCUGAACAAAGCUCCAGGUGUGAACAUCGUCCUGAAAACCAUUGUCCAACGGUUUAAAAAGACCCCAGAGAAAAAUGAUGAUGAGUUCACUGGGGCACCUGGUGAGGUCGCCUGCGACAUUUGCACGGAACCAAAGCUAAAGGCCAAGAAGUCCUGCCUUGUGUGUCUUGCCUCAUACUGUUCGACUCACCUGAAAAAUCAUUUAUCAAGUGAAAGGCUGAAGGGUCACAAGUUGGUUGAACCUGUGGACGAGCUCGAUGAGAGGGCCUGUCUGACUCAUGGCCGCUCCCUGGUGCUGUACAGCAAAAGGCAGCAGAAAUGCAUUUGUGUACGCUGUAUGAAGGAAGGUCAGGAGGAGGUUGUCUCCACUGAAGAUGAAUGGGACAGGAAGAAGACUAUGCUUGCAAGCACUAAGACAGCAUUACAAGAGAAAAUUAAGAAGAGAAUGACGAAGAUCGAAGAGAUUGAUAUGUCUCGACAGAGCUGCAAGGGACACCUGGAGGAUGAGUGGUGGGAAAUUGACAGUGUGUUCACAGCUGUGCUUGCCAUGGUGGAGGAAGCCCAUGCAACAGCUCUUCAGCCACUGAAGGAAAGGAGGCUGGUUUUGGAGCAAGAGGCAAAAGAACUCACAAACGAGUUGGAAACAGAGGUCAACAGACUCGAGAGGGUGAUCUCUGAGCUUGAUGAUAUAUCUGUGCUCGAGGAUCACAUCCUUUUUCUGCAGAGAUACCCAUCUCUACAAGAUAUGGACGACAUCAAAGACUGGACCAAUGUAGAGCUUGACACAACACUGUCUUUUGGCACCAUGAGAAAAACCACAACAACCAUGAUGGAAAAAAUUCAAGAGAAACUGGAGAAGCUGUCCUCAAUUGAUCUCCGAAAUGUUUCCCAAUUUGUUCUUGCAGUGGACGUAAAGCUUGACCCAGCCACCGCUCACAAGCGUCUUGUUGUUUCUGAUGAUGGGAAGGAAGUGAAAGACGCUGGCGAGGACCAAAUAGUAGAUGAUGCUCCAGAGAGGUUUGAUCGGUUUGGCAGUGUCCUGGGUCUCAAUGGGUUGGCCUCUGGGAAGACAUACUGGGAGGUGGAGGUCAUCAACAAGACCGGUUGGGAUGUUGGCGUAGCAAGAGGUGACGCAAACCGUAGGGGGAAACUCUCAAUCAAUCCAGAUAAUGGUUACUGGGUUGCCGUACAUUAUGAAGGGGGAAAGUACGCAGCCCUGACAGAUCCACCACUUCAUCUCACCCUGGAUGAGAAGCCUCAGAAGGUGGGGGUGUUUGUGGACUCCGAGGAAGGUCUUGUGUCCUUCUAUGAUGUUACGGCUCAAUCUCACAUCUACUCCUUUGCCGAGUGUUCAUUCACUGAUGAGCUCUUCCCAUAUUUAAAUCCACAUGUAAAACAAGAUGGUAUGAACUCUGAUCCUCUGAUUAUCUCUUAA